AUGAAGUUCUUUGGUAUUGCAACUGCCCUCUUUGGUGCUUUGGUCACUGUGACAUCCGCUGCUCCUGCUUUCAUGGCAGAUGAUCCAGACACCACCAAGUUUUAUAUUACUGCACCUCUCGAGAAUAACGUCUAUAGCGCCGGUGGAGUUGUUACCACAGAAUGGAUUAACGGUGUUCCUGGACCAUUCAAACUCGAGUUGCUUAAGGGCAGUAAUGCUGCAUCCAUGCAAAACACUGGAGUUCCUUUCAAGAAUACAGAAGGCAGUACUGGAUCUUACAAAUGGCAAGUUCCCAGCGAUGUUCCUGCUGGCACUUAUGCUUUCCACUAUGUGUUCAAUGGUGGCGAGUCUUAUUCUCCUCAAUUCAAGAUCACUUCUGGUAGUGCUAGUAGUAGCAAUCAGGCACAACAACACACAGAAUCAGCUCCAACUCGCGUAACCUCUGAUAACGCUACCACUGGAUUGGGUGUUCGUCCCAACAGCGGUGCCUCCACUUCUACUCCUCCAAAUUCAACUACCAACACUCGUGCUCAAACACCUCCACAAUCUGCGUCCGGUGCCACUACUGGCUCCAGAUCAUCGUCUGCCUUGCCAGGAACUGCCAACCGUGUGCCUCAACAGCAAGCAUCACAACAAAGACAGCCAGCCCAAAAUGAAGUCAGUGCUAUGAACUAA